AAAUGCUCACCGCGGUCACCUCUCAUCUCAUUGUCCAGCGCUUCACUUGAGCGAACAGGUCCAGCAAGUUAUUUCUGGCUCGGCUUCCCAGAGCCGCACGUAUCGAUCUGCCAGCGCGCACCUGCCGCACGGACGCUGCGUCUCUGUCGCCUCGGGCUCCAAGCGCCUCACAAUCCCACUUUUUACGGACAGUCGCGGCCAUGAGGUCUUUAUUAACGACGGUCCUCAUCUUCCUGGUGUGGUGUGUCGGACUGAGUGGAUGUAAACCCUCGACGGCCUGUCCGAGCGGACAGUUUGCGCUUAAAACCCAGUGCGUCCUCUGUCAUCCCACCUGCUCCGAGUGCGACGGGCACGAGCUGUUUGAAUGCACUACCUGUGGAGUUUAUGAAGAUGGACAGGAGCGUUUCCUCCACCAAGGUCGCUGUCGGACACACUGCCCCAGGGGAUUUUAUCCUGACAGGGGUCAGUAUGACUGCAAGCCCUGCAUAGCCAAUUGUGAACUCUGCGCAGAUGGGAACAUAUGUGCCAAAUGUCGGGAACACUACCAGCUCCAGAAUGGGGUCUGUCAACCCUCACUGUGCCACGCAGGGCAGGUGCAGGACCCCGAUACAGGAGAGUGCAUUAACUGUGAGAUGGGCUGCAAAACGUGUUCUACAGAAGACCCAGAGAUCUGCAACAGCUGUGUUCAAGGUUACUUUCUCUUUCGACACCAGUGUCGCAGACACUGCCCUCAGAGCACGUACGAGGACCACGGCAGAGGAGUUUGUGUGUCCUGUCCAGCACCAUGUGAAGACUGCAGGAGCGACACACACUGCUUUGCCUGCCAGCCUGGUUACUUCCUUACCGGAGAAGCGUGCAUGAAACAGUGUCCAGAGAAAACCUUCAGCGACACCAGUGGGUGGCGCUGUCAGCCGUGUCACGGCUCGUGUCAGGCGUGCCAUGGAGCUCGUUCAGCAGACUGUGACCUUUGUUCCGGUGGGAAUCUUCCUGUUCACGGGCAGUGCCCCCAGGUUAACUGCCCGCCCGGACAAUACUUUGAUGGCAAAUAUAAUGAAUGCCGCACAUGUGAUGCAUCCUGCAAAACCUGCUUUGGCCCCCAGGCACUCGAUUGCUCCUCGUGUUUCAAAGGCUAUUUUCUGGACCAGGACAGUGCCUGUGUAGAGCAGUGUUCAUCCGGCUCCUAUGCGAACCUUGCCACUCAGCUGUGUGAGGACUGCUCGCCCAACUGUGAGGAGUGUGUGGGCAGCGGUGAUAACUGUAUCAGCUGCUCCAAAGGCAGUGACGAACUCUUUCUCCACCAGGGACGUUGUUGGUCAAAUUGCCCGGAAGGUUUCUUUGAGACUUCAGAGGCGUCAUGUGAAGCCUGCGACAGCUCCUGUCUCACUUGUGAUGAGACAAAAUCCCAGUGUCUGUCCUGCACCGAUGGCCACUACUUAGAGAGUGGUUCAUGCAGGCUGAACUGUUCCCUACAGACGUACCCUGCUGCUGAUGGCACCUGCAGACGUUGUCCUCCGCACUGUGAGGUUUGCUCGGACGACAGGACCUGUUUCAAAUGCACUUUCCUGUAUUUGAUGCUGAACGGCGUGUGUGAGGCUACCUGUCCCAUGGGCUACUACGAGGACAUGGACGAGGGCCGCUGCGGUCAGUGCCACCCAACCUGCACCAGCUGCUCAGGACCUUUAGCGGAUGACUGUGAGACCUGCUCAACGUUCAGUCCCAAGCUCUACAAGGGUGCCUGCCUGGAGGACUGCCCUGCUGGGACUUACUAUGAGAUGGCAGCUACGGAGUGUCAAGAGUGCCACCAGACAUGCAUGAGGUGCACUGGUCCAGAUCCAAACCAGUGCACCCAGUGCGAGAAGGGACUUGUGCUGGAUCCAAACACAUUACUCUGCGGUGUGACGGGUGAUACAGCCUGUCCACCACGAACCUACCUACACGACGACCAGUUCACGUGCAUGGGUUGCCACCGGCACUGCCACUCUUGCGAGGGGCCGGGCGACGACGAGUGCCAGACCUGCGCCGUCCCCAGAUACCUUCACAACAGCACCUGUGCGAGUGAGUGUCCAGCUGGGGAGUACGCCACGAGGCAGGAAGCUGAUGGACAGGAGCUGGGCUUCUGUUUGCCAUGUGACCAUGUCUGCUCCACUUGUACUGGAGCAUCACCUAGAGAUUGCCUGACUUGCUCUGCGGGAUACCUGCGACUCUUUCAGCUCUGUGUCACUCACUGUCCCACCGGGUAUUACAGAGAAGACUCGUAUUGUCAGAAAUGUGACGAGUCCUGUGAGCUGUGUACGGGACCAGGACCUGAGUCGUGCAGGACCUGUCCAGCUCCUCUUCUGGAGCUCCAGGGCACCAAGCUGUGUGUUAAGCGGUGCCCUCACCGCUUUUAUCAGCUCAACAGCAUCUGCAAACAGUGCCACAUCAGCUGUCAAACCUGCACAGACUCCUCGCCUCAGGGCUGCGUGACAUGCGACUGGGGCAGCACUUUAAAGGACAAAGUUUGCUAUCCGCGUUGUGAGGAAGGACAUUACUUUUCUGAGGAGGAAAUGUGUGAGCCUUGUGACGUCUCCUGCAGGCACUGCAAUGGUCCCAGACCUGACCAGUGUCUGACCUGUCACCGAGAUUUCUCUCUUCAUGCUGUUGGAAACCGCUGCGCCCGCUGCUGCCAGGCUGGAAAGAACGACACCAGCUGCUGUGUUUGCGACAGCCACUCAGCACUAUGUGUGGAACCCCCUCAAUCGAAGUCAGGAGACAGCCAGGAGACGGACUUGACCAUGUCCUCCGCAGCUCUGAAGCACACCUCUGCUGCCUUGCCCAUCGCCAUGCUGGUGGCAGUGGGGCUGGCCCUGGCCGUGUUCGGGCUGAUCAAGGCCCACGCCAGGAGAAGACUUUGCUGGAACCAGAGCUACGAGAGACUGAGUGGCAGCGCCAACGUCAACAUGCCCCAUGGUGUGCCCGAGCCAGAUAGCGGAGACGAGGUAGAUGUAGUUUACACCACUAGAGGUGGAUCGGUAUACCGCCGCUACAGCUUCAUGCACGAGCAAGACACAGACGCAGACCAGGAUGUGGACGAGAACUCUCGUCUCAGUCACUCUUAAAUGAGCAAAGACCAGAGCGUACAUUGGCUGACUUUAUUUUUGACGACUCUCAAGGGCUUGAAAUAAGGCAACUGAAUGUCCUUUUUCUUUUUGCUCUUGAAGGCGAUCGCUUCAAACUGAGGAUGCCGUCUGGAUGGAAGGUGAAACAUCUUCAGGAACAAAAGAAAAGGAAGUUCAUUUGUCCGGUUUCAAACCUUUGAGAGUUAUCAGAACCUGGAUGACUGAGAGUCUGCACCAGCGUAGUACAUUCUUGAUGCUCAGUAUCAGGACAGAUAGAAUUACAAGUAUUUAGUCAGUGUCUUGAUGAGCUGGUAGUGGUAUUCUGAUUUGUUUUUGAAUGCUUGUAAGUUGAAGAUUAUGUUUUGUUUUGUGUUUUUUUUUUUUCCAACAAAGUGCCUGUAUCUGUAUAAUUUGCAUGUGUGGGGAAGCAAUGACAGAUAAGCUACGUACAGUAUGCUGGUAUGAUGCUGAUUCUCAGUCAUCCAGUCCCUGGUGAUCCAAAGUGCUUAAAUAGAGCGCACCCGGACUUAUUUUCCUGUUCUUGAAGACAUUUCACCACUUGUCUGAAAGACGUCUUCAGUUGUCAUGAACUGGUGAGGAAUUUAAGGCUCAUAUAAGUGGAUAUUGCAUUCUGACAUAAAAAGAUAUAAGCACUGAAAUCUUCAAUUGAUUUAUUGUUUUCCCCCUUUUCCUCCAUUCUUCCUUUUAUAUACGUCUUGCUACAGUAUGGUGUCAUUGUUUUCACAUUUUUGUGGAUCAUUUUGUUGGUGAAGGAACAUUAUUUCAUUUUCUUCACACACGUGUUGACCAAUGGAAGAUGCUAUGCACAUAUUUGCUUUGACUGUUUUUCUUUUCCCCUUUCACCUCCUUAUCUUGCAAAGAAAUAUGAGUAAAUAAAAAAAACAACAUAUUUUUCCUAUUAUUUUUUAAGGGUAGCAUAUCUGAAGAUAAGGGACAGUGUUUUGAGCACAUCAUUAACAUUUAAGCCUGAAACUCCCAGUGGCAUCCUGUUUAACGAACUUCAGACUGCGUAUAUUUGUGUAAAAGUGUAUGUAUCUUAUUUUUUUAACUUCAUAUUAAAGAGGUGUUUGUGAAUCAGCUGAUUGCAUAGUAAGUGAAAACUGGUUUGUUGUAAUAUAUUAAAAGAG